AUGCGCCUCAUCUGCAACAAGCUGGAACCCCGCGCGCAGAUCUGGUCGCAGCUUCUGCGCCGCGUUGUCACGCAAAUGCUGGACUUAGGAGGAGAGCUGUCAUCAGCCCGCAUCUUUGAUGUCGAUGUUUGCAGCUCGUUCCAGCUUGAGCGUUCAGUGCCCCAUCUCGCGGGCAACAGCAUGGAUCAAGACGUCUGCAUCCAUCAUCUGGUCUCACGGACGGCAUCCCGCCUAGGCUCGAGCGUGGCAAUAUGCUCAUGGGACGGGUCCAUGACCUACCAGGAGCUAGAAAUGGCUUCGGACAUCUGGAGCCGGACGCUGCUGGGUAAUCUCCGUCUCCCGCCGGGCACAGCCGUUCUGCAUUGCGUUGACGCAUCCAAGUGGGCAGUAGUGGCGUGGCUGAGCAUCGUCAAGGCAGGUCUCGUGUGCGUACCUCAAGAUACCAGCACGCCCAUCCCAAGGCUUCAACGCAUUGCGCGAAGCGUCAAUGCAAAGCUUGUUCUCUGCGACGAACAUCGAGUGUCGCGAUAUCGGGGUUUGGUCGACAAGGUCGGGAGCUGGUGCAUUCUCAACGCCGCAAGCCAGUCCGAGCUUGACGCCAUCGAGCCCAGGUAUUUCCCCUCGGCCAGAGACGUGGCCGUCAUAGUCUUCACCUCGGGAUCCACGGGCACACCCAAGGGUGUUGUGCAAGACCACGGUGCCCUUGCCAGGGGUAUACUGCUAGCCGCCAACGCCCUCGGCAUCAACCAGCAGACACGGCUCCUGCAGUUCUCGUCACUCUCAUUUGACCUGAGCAUCGGCGAGAUGUUUAUGCCCCUGGCCACUGGGGGCUGUGUCUGUAUCCCAAACCCUGCGCAGAAGCUCCGCAAAUUAAACGAGAGCAUCGCCCAGUUGCAGGUCACCGACGCCAUCCUCACCCCCACGGUGGCCGCCAACCUUUGCCUCGACAAGAUACCCAGCCUGCACACGCUGUCACUUGGCGGAGAGCUGGCGCCGUUGGAACUAUGCGAGAGACUGAUGGCUGGGCUGACGCUCAACAAUAUCUACGGGUCAACUGAGGGCGCUGUCUGGGAUGCCGUGGCCAAAAUGUCUCGAGCGAACCCAAACCCGAGAAACAUCGGCCUACCCAUCGGUUCUCACCUUUGGAUAACGCACCCGGACAACUUUGGGCAUCUCUCACCGCCAGGCGUGCCGGGUGAGGUGUGCGUCCAAGGCCCCGACAUCUCUCGUGGUUACCUGAACAUGGCAGAGAUGACCAAAGACCGGUUCAAAGAUGGGUCCAGGUGGCUCCCUGACGCUGUCAACGACUACGGGAAUGAUGGUUUCCGAACCUUGUAUAGGACUGGCGACCUGGGCAAGUUUAUGCCAAAUGGAACCAUCGAACUCCUUGGCCGGCGGGACCGGCAGAUGAAAUUUAACGGUCAGAGAUUCGAGCUAGGCGAAGUAGAAGCCUGUCUGAAGCGGCACGUGACAAAGGGGUCGCACGUUCACGUCAACACGCUUAAGGUGGGCAACAAGCAGCAGCUCGUAGCAUACUUGUCGGCGGGCAGUGAGUUGGUACUGACAGAAGAGCGCGCCCAGGCGUGGGUUCGCGCCGCAGCCGGGGAGCUUCUAGACUUUAUGGUGCCCAAGACGGUCGUGCCGCUACAACAGUUCCCCCUGACUGUCACGGGCAAGAUUGACGGGCAGAAGCUCACCAGGAUGGGCCAGGAUUUUAUAUCCCAAAGAAGGGCGACGGACAACGGGCAUGCUGUUGGGCCUGGACACGGUAAUACGCGGAUCCAGGUGGAACCGAUGGACUCGAUGACUGCCGUCGCUCGAAGGGGGAUUUGCAACUACCUCGAGGAUGUCAAAGGCAUUGGCUCGGCAACGCUACGAGAUAAUUUUCUCCUCUCUGAUGUAGGCAUUGAUUCCAUGGAUGCUCCGGCUCUUGCCGAAAGAAUCAGCAACUUGGUGGCAGGCCAUGUGCCCCCAUCAGCCUUCUUGAAGUUCAACGUCAGCGUAGGCGACGUGGUUGAGGCCGUCGUCGAGCAAGGAGGAUGCCUCCUCGGACGGCGACACCUCGGGGCAGACGGCAUGGCUUGUGAGAUAGAAUAUUGGAAAAGCGAGCUGAAGCAGCGGGCGCUCGACUCGGAACCUCGAAUGGCAAUGGACACCGCCGCGGCCCAUAUCUUGGGUGCCAACUACCUGGGCCAGAGCCAAGGCAAGCUCGUCCUCGUCACCGGUGCGACGGGCUUUCUGGGCCAUGAAAUCCUUCGCCAGCUGCUGGCGCAUCCCAGUGGCAUCAAGGUCGUUGCCCUUGUGCGCGGCGACGACCCCGAAGCUGUUCUGCAGACCAUCGUCGAGGCCGCCCGGCAAAAGUCGUGGUGGAAAAUUGGCUACUCUCGUCGCCUCCGCAUAUGGCUGGGUGACUUGUCCAAGCCGCGCCUGGGCCUCGGCCACCAACAAUGGAUGGCGCUCUUCAGCGGCUUUGACCACAUUGUCCACAACGGCGCCACGGUCAACUGGGGUCUUGACUACGACUCGCUCCGGAGUGUCAACGUCGCAAGCACCCACCAGCUUCUAUGUGGACUGGGCCAGCCUCGGAGCACCCCGCGGCUCCUAUUCGUCUCGGGCGGUUACAUCUCUCCCGCCGACGAGACCGUCGCGGAGCUGCUCCACAAGGCCAGCGGCAUGACGGGGUACGAACAGACCAAGCUCGUCUGUGAAGCCCUCAUAGAGCAUUUCAAUGCCGACUGGGUAAGAGACUCGCGUUUCGCGGCGAUUCUCAAGCCUGGUUUCAUCAUAGGCUCGACGACGGAUGGCGUGACGCGCGAGACAGACGCCAUCUGGCGUUUCGUCAAGGCCUGCGUCGACGUUGGCUUCUACAGCGACCUCGAUGCCCAAAGAUGGGUCUCGGUGGCUGGCGUCGACCAGGUGGCCAAGCUAGUUCUCGAUUCCAUUUUCAGCGCCGGCAACAGCCGUGGCCGUGGGCGCCCUGCAAUGCAAAAGGUGCUCAAUGGAUUUCUGCUUCAGGACAUGUGGACAACUCUUGUACGGUUGGGGCUCGACCUCGAGCCUCUGCAGCACGAGCGAUGGCUCAAAGCCAUGAUGGACCAGAUUAGUGAGCAAGGUGCGGCACAUCCACUAUACCCCUUGACAGAAUGGCUGCACGACAACGGUGGCUUCUUGGCUAGUGAUCGACCAGUUGCUACACAGAGUGUAGACGGCAUCUCACCUUUGGCAGCCCUAUUCCAGAGUCUAGACUAUCUAAUUGGUUCUGGAUUCAUCUCUACACCAAUUGUCAAGCUAACGCGAGAUCGUCUGUAG